GAACUGUGUCUUCACAAACACCACAACCUGUUGGAGGAAUCGCCGAAAGCGUAGCAGCUGCAGGUUGCAGUAAUGGACUCCCUCUCAGUAGCCAACGGCAGCUUUCUUCUAGAUCUUUACAAAAAGCUGAUCCAAUCAUCUGAAGGCAAUAUUUUCUUUUCUCCUUGGAGCAUCACAUCUGUUCUAGCCAUGGUCCACAUGGGAGCAAGAGGUAGAACCGCCAGCCAGAUGGCUGAGGUGCUUCGUUUCAAUGCAUCAUCAGAAGAGUCUGAAAGGCCUUCACAGGAACCAGGACUCAAUAAAGAUGAAACCAUCAACAGUCAAUUCCAGGAACUGAUUUCUAAAAUCAACCAACCCAAUAACACCUACCUGCUGAAAACUGCUAAUAGAGUAUAUGGAGAAAAGACUUUCGAUUUUAACAGCGAGUACCUUCAGCUCACUAAGAAGUACUAUCAUGCAGAACUACAACCAGUUGAUUUUUUGAAUGCUGCAGAACAAGUCAGAGACCAGAUCAACGUUUGGGUUGAAAAACAAACUGACAACAAAAUCAAGAAUCUUCUGCCUAAAGAUUCGGUUGGUGCUCAAACAGCACUGGUCAUAGUAAAUGCCAUUUACUUCAAAGGAAAGUGGGAGAAAAGAUUUGAGAAAGCAAACACUACUGAGAAGCCUUUCAGACUGAGUAAGACCCAGUCAAAGCCUGUGCAAAUGAUGUUUCUAAAAGGUACAUUGCCAACCUUCUACAUUGAUAUCCUGAGGGUUCGUAUUCUUGAGCUCCCAUAUGAGAACAAUGAUGUCAGCAUGUUCAUCAUGCUUCCAGACGACAUCGAAGAUGAGUCGACUGGUCUGGAAAUGCUGGAAAAAGAACUAACAUAUGAGAGAUUGUCGAUAUGGACGAGUUCGGAUAUGAUGCAGAAAAGGAAGGUGGAGCUUCACUUACCAAAGAUCAAACUGGAAGAGAGUUUCGACCUCAAGUCCAUCCUAAGCAGUAUGGGGAUGAAGGAUGCUUUCAUUCCAGGCCAAGCUAACUUCUUGGGAAUGUCAAAAAAAGGCGACUUGGCUUUGUCAGAGGUGUAUCACAAGUCCUUUGUGGAGAUCAAUGAAGAGGGCACUGAAGCAGCAGCUGCCUCAGCAGCCACCAUUGUAAUAAGGUCAUCUCAGAAGCCCAUAAAAUUCGAAGCAAACCAUCCUUUUAUCUUCUUUAUCAAGCACAAGGCAACAAAAAACACCCUCUUCUUGGGCAGAUUCUCUUCUCCAUAGAAUGUGGUUGCCAAUGUAAUGAACCUACCAG